AUGAUCAACCUGAAUAUGGAUGAUUACCUACAGUUUGUGAGAAGAACUCAGAAAGUCAGAAGGCCUCGGUGUGAUGCAUCCUUGGUUUAUUUGACCCAAAAAUUCAUGGAUCUUGUCAGAACAGCUCCAGAUGGUGUCCUUGAUUUAAAUGAAGUAGCAGCAAUGCUUGGAGUACGAAAACGGAGAGUGUAUGACAUCACCAAUGUGUUGGAUGGAAUUCACUUAGUUCGGAAAAGAUCUAAGAAUCUUAUCCAGUGGAUAGGUUCUAGUCUUGACCAAGUCAUUGGAAAAGCACCGGAGCAGCUUAAAGAUGAACUUUCUGACUUGUCGGCCAUGGAAGAAGCUCUGGAUGAAUUAAUCAAGGAUUGCGCUCAUGAGUUGUUUGAUCUAACAGAUGACAAAGAAAAUGCAAAACUAGCUUAUGUGACUUAUCAAGAUAUCCGUAGCAUUCAGGCAUUUCAAGGACAGAUUGUGAUUGCAAUCAAAGCUCCAGAGGAAACCAAAUUGGAAAUACCAGUUCCUAAAGAAGAUUGCAUAGAAAUACACGUGAAGAGCACAAAAGGACCCGUCGAUGUGUAUCUAUGUGAGGUGGAACAAGAGAAGCCAGGUGCCAAAACUUUUGAAGAUAUGGAUACUGUUGCGUCUCAAACUGAGCCAUCAGUUCCUCCUGAAGAAGUGAGGUCUCCAGAGGAAGAAAGAAGCCAAACCACCUGA